GAAGUUUCUCUGCUGUUCUUAAAGAACUAGUGCAAGACUUGACUCAACAUGAUAAUCAGGCAGCUGCCUCUGCUGCGUAUCUUCCGCCCUUUUCCCACCACUGCGAACUUGCCUUAUUUGAUCCCUUCGUGCAGGAGACAGAACACAGAUUUAUUGAAGAGCAGGUAUUCUUAGUUAACAACACAGCUGGGGGAAGCUUGGAAUUUGAUCCAUUUGCAAUCUAUGAGAAGGCUGCACAUGGAGAUUCAGUGCCUAAGCCUUUGCCUCCAACUUCAUCCAUUGUCAGUGCAGCAACCCGUCUCUUUGGAGUGAUAUUUUCACAAGUAACAGAGACCCAAAGGCUACAAGUGCUGGAACAAUUAUUGGCAUCCAUAAAACAAACCAAAGGAUCACGGCAGCAGAUAAUACAGCAAAAUAUUAUAUUAGCAAUUUGCAGUGCCCUAAAGCACUUGGCUAGCCAUAAGGGAAAUUUAGGUUAUGAAGAAAUCCAAAGCUGUAUUUUGAGCUUGAUCCUAAGUGCCUUGGAAAGUAACAGUCCACUUCUAAGAUGUUCUGCUGCUGAAGCCCUAGCCAGACUCGCACAGGUGGUAGCUGAUAAUACCUUCACUUCUGGAUUGGCACAAAUUAGCUUUGACAAGCUAAAAUCUGCAAGAGAUGCGAUAUCAAGAAUAGGACAUUCUUUGGCUCUGGGCUCUCUUUAUAAGUAUACAGGAGGAAUAAGUUCCAGUCAUCAUCUUACUGCAUGUGUUGGAAUACUUUCUACUUUAUCUCAGGAUAACACUUCACCUGAAGUACAGGUAUGUAUUGUAGAUGGUGAUGAUGAUGACGACGACGAUAA